UGUAACGAUAAUUUCUUUUGCUAUAUAUGCACGCCGCCCAACCGAAAAUGGUUUCGUUUCGUUGGAUGAGUCGUCGAAGGGAAUUAUAAGCCACGCCCUUCUUUGCUCUUUGCUGCCUUCGCAGAUUCAACUCGCAGGCCCUUUCUUCUUUCAUUCUCUCUCAUUCCCAGUAAAAAGCAAAUUCAUGGCUACCAAUCCUUCACAGUUACUACCGUCGGAGUUAAUCGACCGAUGUAUUGGGUCUAAAAUAUGGGUAAUUAUGAAGGGCGACAAAGAGCUCGUUGGCACUCUCAGAGGAUUUGAUGUUUAUGUUAACAUGGUUCUUGAAGAUGUUACUGAAUAUGAGAUCACAGCUGAGGGGAGGCGGAUAACAAAGCUGGAUCAGAUUCUACUCAAUGGGAACAACAUUGCUAUUCUUGUUCCCGGUGGAUCGCCUGACCCAGAAUAGGCUUGGAAUAUGGAUAGCAUGUUUUGGCCGGCAAUCUUUUGCAUCAUUGUUAUGAGUUGCCUCCUUGCACUCAACAUUUACUUUAUCUUUCGAUAUAGAAUGACUCAGGUGACAAAUUUCAUGUAUUUGAUUGAAGUAAAGCGUUUUAGUUUCUUUGAUAUGAAUCAGUGUUAGAUUCCUUCA